AUGAACAAUCUGGCGAGGGUAGUUGAGUUUAUUACGGAGGAUAAAGAGUGGAAUAUCCCACUGUUAAGCUCUUUUCUUCCUUGGGAUAUCUGUCUUAAAAUUUCCAAGAUUUUUCUUCCUAAAAAGGAUGUUGAUGAUGAGGUUUUCUGGGCUCUCUCCCCUGAUGGGAAUUAUUCGGUUAAAUCUGGGGCUCAGUUGCUUAUUAAUCAGAAAAUUGGGCUGAAUCCGUCAGUCGAGUACCUUUGGUUGUGGAAGGCUAAUUUAUCCCCCAAGAUAAAAAAAUUUUUGUGGAAGGCUUGCAAUGAUGGCCUUCCUACUAAGGCUAGACUAGAGCAAGUUCAUGUCUUCACCCCUCAACAGUGUGAAUUCUGUGGCUGUUCGCUGGAAACUGCUUCGCAUCUCUUUUUCCAAUGCCGGUUCACUAUUGAUAUUCUGCACCAACUUGAGGCUGAUUAUGGUUGGCCUCAAAUUCCGUCUUCUGCUAUUUUAGGCUCUUUUAGAGCAAAUUUGCAAUGUUGUGUUGAUGCGUUGGGGAUUCCAAAAACUUGUCAAUUAGCUGUUGUCUGGUGGUUUGUCUGGUUUACCCGGAAUAAAGUCAUUUUCUCUCAAGAAGCUUUUAACGUUCGUCAGAUUUGUAUUCUUGUUCAUAAGUUCCUGGCUGAGUGGCAUGUUUGUGGUGACAAUACUGCUAGGAUUCAGACUCGUUCUGAUCCCCAACUUUUGGGGCUUAACUCUUUGUCCAGGAGGUGUGCGCCUUGGGUUCCCCCUCCUGAGGGUGUUUUUAAAGUUAAUUUUGAUGGUUCCAAGUAUAGUGAUGGGAGAACCUCCUUUGGUUUUGUAAUUCGGAAUCAUGCGGGGGAGGCUCUUCUUACGGGGUGUAAUUCCCUGCCUUCUGAUUGGUCUAUUACUCAAGCAGAAGCUUUUGGGCUUUGGGAAGCUAUCAAGGGUGCUUGUUUUUGUAACCUCCCGAGAAUCAUUAUUGAAGGAGAAGAUUUGGAAACCCCCCUGGGUUAUUAA